ACAAUCAGUUUUUGUUUGUGUGGAGUCAAGGCGUAUAGAGAUAAUUUCAGUUUGCGUAGGAACUGGGCUCUGGACAGAAGCGGAAGAACUUGCCAGGGAAAUUGCAGUUGGGAUUCGGCUGGAUUUAGCUAUAGUUUCUGUAGAGGUUGAAACAUCUUAGAAUGGAAAUGCAAACUAAGGUGAUCGUGCUCUCCCUGAUCUGUCUGUGCUCCGGCCAAGCAGCCAAGAUUCUUGUGCUCUUCCCACAUGCCAGCGAGAGUCAUUUUGCGGUGAUGCGCACUCUGGUCACGGAGCUGGCCAGCCGGGAACACAAUGUUACGGUAUACACUGGGCACGGUCUGGGAGAGCGCUUGGAGAACGUGUCGGAGACGAUUAUUCCCGAAUAUCCAUUCUGGAGCAACUUGCAAAAGCAUGCAGCACCCAAAGGUAAUCUGGCCGAUCUGGGAAGAUUGUCAGUUCCAACUCUUCGCAAGUCCCUGGCUGUCGUUGGAGCCAACGCCUUGGACCACUUCCUCAGCCAAGAGCCCCUGAAGAAGCUGCUGCAGCAGCCCCCAUUGGACUUCGACUUCGACGUGAUAAUUUUGGACUAUUUCUACACGGAGGCACUACUGGCUCUGGGCCAAUUCCACCAGAAGCCUAUCGUUGGCAUCGUGAGCACGGACUUUGGCAACUACAUGGAGGCAGUACAGGAGUCCAUGGUGCCAGCGGCAUGCUCCCCCAUUGACUUUGAGCAUUAUGUUCCUUCGCUGGGAUUCUCGGCGAGAUUGGGAAACAUCCGGGAGUGCAUCUCGCGCAGGAAGCAGUUCGCAAAGGAUCACUUCGGGGCACAGGAACAGCUCAUAGCUAAGCACUUUAAAGUGAAAUCGACUGUGCCAGAGCUGCAGGCGAAUCAGCUUUCUCUGCUCUUGGUCAACAGCCACGUGCCCCUGAUGACGCCUCGUCCGAGUCUGCAGCACAUUGUGCCCGCCGGUGGCCUUCACAUUCGUGGUCCGCGGGAGCUGCCAUGGAAUAUUAAGAGGUUUCUGGAGGAAGCCCGUGCCGGAGCCAUAUACUUGCAGCUGGGAAACGAACAGCCAUGCGGCGAGCUGCCCAAGUUGAAGUUGGAAGCGCUCUUAGGGUUCUUUGACUCCCGCAAGGAAAGGUUCAUUUGGUCCUGCCACGACGUGAAGACUUUGGACGGUCUGCCCAAGAACGUGAUGAUCCAGCAUGCGGUGCCGCAGAUCGACAUCUUGGCCCAUCCCCGGGUCAACGCCUUCAUUAUGAACGGAGAUCUGCUCAGUCUGCAGGAGGCAAUCGUUAGAAAUGUGCCAACUCUGGGGCUGCCAAUAUUCCAGAACGAGCGGCAAAACAUGGAGCUGGCAGUGAGACUGGGUGUUGGCCUGAAGCUGGAGCAAGAGAAUGUCACGAUUGCGUCCCUGUCCUGGGCGGUAGACAGGCUGCUGCUGGAGCCGCAGUAUCAAAUUACGAUCCGGGCUGUAUCGCUCGAGUUUCGGGACAGACCUCUGGGCGCCCUGGCCAGCGCUAUGUUCUGGGUGAACUAUGUGGCCAGACACAAGGGGGGGGCUGCGAUUAGAACCCGAGGUGUUGGCAUCUCUUCGAAUCAGUUGCACCUUUUCGACCUGUUUUUGUUCUACUUUGGAGUGGCGUUAUUUUUUGUUGGCCUGCUGGUGGGUCUGUGCCUUGUGGCCAUAUUUUUUUGGCAAAAGAAAAUUUCUACCAAGAACACCAAAUUAAAUUAGUCUGAAAUACAGUGUAUUGAACGCCA